UCGUAGAUUUAUAAACAAACCAGUUAAACUAAGAGCAGCGCUGAGGGAAAUCCAGAUGGUUGUGUUAGCUGCUGAAGCGCGUUGCCGCUCUUGAACGUAUCCUCGGUUUAUAUUUGGCUUAAAGGAGACGCAACAAAGCGCACAAAAUGGUUGCGCUCUAGGCCCGGGCGAAUAAGUAGGUUUACUAUGGCUUUAAGAGCGAGAAAAUAGGGUCUGCUUCUUUAAAAUUAUAUCAGUUUAUUGUUGAAUAGAUAAUUAAGAAAAGUUUAAAGUUUCUUAUCAAUAAAUAUAAGCAUUUAAUUUCCGACGAAGCCAACAGAAAAAUGCAACACUGUACGAUAAGGGCCGCUUGCAACCAAACCGUCUUUAAAACAGAUGUGGUCAGUUUUUCCUCACUUUGCAUGUAAACCUGCGUGACUUCAAGAGAAAUUUGAGGUAGGCUGUAGUGUCCCUACGGUGAUGGAACCGGCCGCCGAUGUAAAUAAAGGUGAAGAGCCGAUGGAGGACAAGGCCUCGGAGCAGACCCCGGCCACCAGUGUGGCCGGUACACCGCGGAGGGGGCUCAGAGAGCGGGGAGCAGGCCGACCUAGGUCCAGCCUCUCCGCUCCUGCUACAGACGUUAACGGAGCUGCGUCGAGCCCACUGACCUCAGGACGGGUUUUAAGAGACAGGUCAACGAGGGCAGUACCUGCCUGGCUAAAGGACUCCAAGAGUGAUGACGACGACGACGAACCGAGCCCAGACAGCGGUGUGACCAAGCGGAGGAAAGUUUCCAACUCCAGGCGGAAGAAAAAUUUGGAUUCUGCGGGUCUGGUUGAAGGUGGAGAAGGGGUCGCAGGAGACAGCCUUCAAGGCACAGAUUUAGAAGACCACAAGAAACCUGCCACAGAUGCUCAAGCUCUUCCGUCUAGACGCCCCCCAGCACAGACUGGUGCCAAGCCCCCAGCUGGCAGGGCCAUCAGAGCUUCUGCCAAGCCUGUGUGUAAGACUGAACCUGGGAUGGAGAAUCCAGCUGUGGAUGAAGGGGAAAACACUAAGGAAAAUGAAAAGAAAGAGGAGGAAUUUGAAGAGGCACCUGAGCAAAUCCUGGAUGAAGAAGACCCCUCAUUUCAGGACGACCCAAAUGAUCUCAGCUACCAGCCACAGAGUCAGAGCGGUGUAGAGGAGGAAGAGAGUAUAAGCAGCGAUGAAGAUCUUCCCUUCAAAGACGACUUAAAUGACCAGAGUUAUGACCCAAGGGCUGAAAGGGAUGGCCCUAAACCAAAACGCAGAGUCCCUCCAAAACAAAAAGAAAAGAGGGAAAAGGAUAAAGCGCCUAAGAAAGAAAAAGAGGUCCCUGAGAUAAAAGUGGAAGGUUCAGACAACAUGGAGAGUGUCCAAGAGGAAGUGAAGCUGGAAGAAGAAGUAGCUGAAGAUCCAGAUGGACCCAGGAAGAGAGGCCGCCGGAAAAAAGAUGACAAAACGCCACGGCUACCAAAGAGACGGAAGAAGCCCCCCGUGCAGUAUGUGCGCUGUGAAAUGGAAGGAUGCGGGACCGUGUUGGCUCAUCCUCGAUACCUUCAGCACCAUAUAAAGUACCAGCACUUACUCAAGAAGAAGUAUGUUUGUCCUCACCCUUCUUGCGGGAGGCUCUUCCGUCUACAGAAGCAGCUGCUGCGUCAUGCAAAGCACCACACAGACCAGAGGGAUUACAUCUGUGAGUUCUGUGCUCGUGCCUUCAAGAGCUCCCACAAUCUGGCUGUGCAUCGCAUGAUACACACUGGAGAGAAACCCCUACAGUGUGAGAUCUGUGGCUUCACAUGCCGCCAGAAGGCAUCUCUGAACUGGCACAUGAAGAAGCAUGACGCUGAUGCCACCUAUCAGUUCUCCUGCUCCAUUUGUGGCAAGAAAUUUGAGAAGAAGGACUGCGUGGUGGCACACAAGGCUAAGAGUCACCCAGAAGUGCUAAUCGCUGAGGCGCUAGCAGCCAAUGCCGGUGCCCUGAUCACAACCCCUGCCUCCUUGCUGGAGCUGCAGGGAAACCCAAUGCAGGCAGAGGUCACCAGCAUGGACGUGAGCCAUGUUGGGCAAGACGGUCAGGUGGAUCAUCUGGGUCAGGAUGGGCAACAUAUGGCUCAGGUGUCACAGAUGAGUCAUGUGACCCAGCAAGUGAGUCAUCAGGUGGUUUUGCUUGGGCAAGACCAGAGCCUCCAUACCAUGCAGGUGCCAGUAACAAUUGCCCUGUCACCUAUUGACCCCCCUUCACCGGCUGAGAACCAGCAGCAGACUCACCUCCAGCUCCAGAUGCCCGUCCAGUUUGUGCAGACUGCUCAGCAGGCGCAGCAGUUGACCCUUCAUUCCAGCUCGGUGGUGACCCAGCAUCAGCCCCAGCUCCAGCCUCUUCAGUCGUUCUCCUCCCAGCAGCAGAGCCAGGGGCAGACACAAAUCCUACAGAUGACCUUCCAGCCUGUCAGUCAGUCACAGACCCACAUUCAGCAGAUCCCCAUCUUAGCAACCUCUCAGCAGCUUCAGACCCUACAGACAGCCACUCCAAGCCCUCCUCUCCUCUCCACCUCCCAGUCCCAGAAUCCAGCCUCCACCAACGGAGACCGUUUUAUUCUGGACAAUCCUGUGCUCUCUUCUUCUUCCUCUCCGACAGGCAGCUCUCUUCAACAGACAGAAGUUGUGGGGGAGGACAGUGUGGUCUGGGAUGAGACAGGACAGGGGGAAGUGCUGGCUGAUGGCCCUGAGAGACAUGUCCAGCAGGGCCUCAUGUGAAACAAAGAUUCACACAAAGCAGAAGCUAAAUACCAGACACACUGUUUUGCCAUGUUUGAGGUAAAUGUAGGAUCACAAAUAUGUGUACUGUUCACUCAUUUUCAUACUUGGUAGCUUUUUAGAAUAUCUGUAUCAGGGAAAGAUAUGUUUGUGUAUGUUGUCAACUUUGUACAUAACAGCCCUGUAACUAGUCGUUUGAGUGUGUAUAUUGAUAGGUUUAUGUUGACAUUAUGCAAUAGUAUAGCCCAGCUCUGAGGAGUAACGUAAUAAAUCAAAUGUCUAAUAUGUGGUAUCAGAUAAGUUGGAAUAUAUGAAUUUAAUUUAUGUAAUGAAUUAACACAACACACAUUAUAAAGUCACAAACUUUUUGUGUAUAGGGUGAGUAAAUUCAGUUCAAAACACUGGACAAACUUUUUAGUUUAUCACAUUUUAAUGGAUCUUUAUUAGAUAAGGUUAAAAGAAAAAUAUGAGCUAACAUGUCAAACCCUAAAAGUAAGGAUGAAAACAGAUUCUUGCCAUACCCGUAAACAGUCACGUGGUGCACAUUUCAGAUUUAGGCAGCCAGUAAACCCACAUUGAUGACAUUAGUUCAGUUGUUAAUCAAAAUUGAUCUAGAGUUAUGAAAAAAUAAAAACCUGUAUACUCCCGAUUCCCUCUAACAUCAUCCUCAGCAGCCAAACGUGGACCUUUCUCAAAGUGAAUCACAUUAACAGUCACUGAUUUGUUAAUAACCUUUGAAAUGUAAUGUCUUGAUGAGCAAAACUACGUAGAACCUUAUAACCGCUCACCUUAGAUUUGUUCUAGCACAAACUAUAAAAACUGUCCAGGUAUAAGAUGUAAAUAAAUGUCUUGACAUUUA